AUGGCUGGUGAAACUGUUUUCGUCUCUGGUGCUAAUGGAUUCAUUGCAUUACACAUCAUUAGUAGAUUAUUAAACAAAGGUUAUAACGUUAUUGGUUCUGUUAGAUCCCAAGAAAAAGCUGAUGAUUUAUACAAGAAGUUCCAAACUGAUAAAUCUGAUCCAAAAUUCAAGAUUGUCAUUAUAGAAGAUUUAAUCAAACCAGGUGCUUUUGAUGAUGUUUUGAAAAACAAUAAAGAUAUUAAAUAUGUCUUACAUACUGCUUCACCUUUUAAAUUUGGUUUUACUGAUGAUUUUGAUGAAGGAUAUCGUAAACCAGCUGUUGAGGGAACAAUUAAUGCCUUGAAAGCUAUUGAUAAAUAUGGUGAAAAUGUUAUAACUACUGUUGUUACUUCAUCAUUUGCAUCAGUUAUGAAUUUUGAUAAACUGGAAGACUCUUCAUUUAUUCAUAAUGAAAAUGUUUGGAAUCCAAUUGAAUGGGAUCAAGUUAAAGACCAAGGAAAAGCUUAUGUCGCUUCAAAGAAAUUAGCUGAAAAGGCAGCAUGGGAUUAUGUUAAAGAACAUAAUGUUAAAUUCAAUUUAAAUACCGUGUUACCAGUUUAUGUCUUUGGUCCACAAUUAUUUGAUGAAGAUGCAAGUUUAGAAAAGACAAACACAUCAAAUCAAAUCAUUAUUAACUUGUUGAAAUCUGAUCCAAAUGAUACUAAAUUUUUCAAAGAUACAAGUGGUAUUGGUGUUGAUGUUCGUGAUGUUGCAGAUUUCCAUAUUUUAGCUUUUGAACGUGGUAUUAAAAAUCAAAGAUUAUUUGCAGCUUCAGAAACUUUCACAGAUCAAAAAUUAUUAAACAUUAUUAAUGAAUAUGUUCCUCAAUUAACUGGUAAAAUUGCUAAAGGUUCUCCAUCAAAAGCUUAUACUGUGAAUGAAACUGGGUUUAGUACUCAAAAAUCUCGUGAUUUACUUGGUGAUUUCGAAUUUAUUUCUUUAAAAGAUCAAGUUGUUGAUACUGUGAAUCAAGCAUUGAAACAAAAUAAAUAA